CGUAUUCAAAAUAGCUACGUGUUCUUCACUUUCACAACAAAUAGUAAAUUCUUUAAUUUUCUAAGGUAUUUCAUGCUAACUUAAGGUGAAGUUUAUCGAGUAAUGACGUUAAGGAAGAGAACAGAAAGUCUGGAACGGAAGAAGCUAUUAACAAAUCAAAAUUCAGCAGAUAUUCAAGACAAUCAUGAGCCAUCGGAUUUGAGAGGAGAUUAUGGAAAUAUUGCCAUACUAUUCUUCCUGUAUGUUCUACAAGGCAUACCUUUGGGGAUUGGGCAAGCAAUUCCUAUGUUACUUCAAAAUCGUGGAGCAUCAUACAAAGAACAAGCAGAGUUUUCAUUUGCAUACUGGCCUUUUUCGAUCAAAUUAUUAUGGGCUCCACUAGUAGAUAGCAUUUACUUUAAAGCUAUCGGUAGACGAAAAAGCUGGAUGAUUCCUACUCAAUAUUUAAUAGGAAUCUUCAUGCUAAUCUUAUCUCAGCAUGUUUCAACUUGGCUAGGCGACGGUCAUGCAAAUAUGCCACGUGUACCGGUAAUAACACUUAUAUUCUUCUCACUAAAUUUCUUGGCAGCAACGCAGGAUAUUGCUGUUGAUGGUUGGGCUUUAUCUAUGCUGAAACGAAGGAAUGUUUCUCACGCAUCAACAUGUAAUUCUGUAGGACAGACAUUUGGAUACUUUUUAGGAUAUGUAGUGUUUAUGGCUUUUGAAUCAAAAGAAUUCUGUAACAAGUACAUAUAUUCGAUACCAAAAGAUGAAGGAUUAGUUACAUUAUCUGGAUUCCUCUACUUUUGGGGAAUUACAUUUUUGGUGACAACAACGUUGGUUGGAUUUUUAAAAAAAGAGAAUAAGGAAACUAGAGAACAACUUGAGGAACAUCCAGAUUUAGGAAUUAAAGAAACUUAUCACAUGCUCUGGAAAAUUAUUAAAAUGAAGCCAGUAAUGUUGCUUGCAACAAUUCUCCUGACAGUCAAAGUGAGUUUCUCAGCAUGUGAUGCUGUUACUUCAUUAAAAUUAAUUGAUCAUGGAAUACCGAAAGAAAAGUUAGCUCUCUUGGCAGUUCCAUUAGUUCCUCUACAAUUAUUGUUACCAUUAGUAAUGAGCAAACACAUCACUGGCAAAUAUCCUAUGAAUUUCUACAUUAAAGCUAUUCCGUAUCGUCUCAUGUUAACUCUCGUAACAGCUGCAAUCGUUUGGGCUACACCUUUAAUCAUUGGCGGUAGAUUCGAUGACAUUCCUAUAUAUUUUUAUAUCCUUUUAUUGGUAACAUAUUCAUUUUAUCAAGUAUUCUUAUAUGCAAUGUUUUGCUCAGCAAUGUCGUUCUUUGCUAAAAUCAGUGACCCAAAGAUUGGAGGAACUUACAUGACUUUAUUGAAUACACUGCACAAUCUUGGAGGAAAUUGGCCAAACACCUUGAUUCUAUGGGUUAUUGAUUUAAUCACAUGGAAGUCUUGUGUAGCUGAUGGCAGUGAACGUGAUUUUAGUGCACCAAAAUUAAAUAAUAACACAUGCAUUACACAUGGUGAACAAGAAGACUGUCUAAGCAUCAAUGGAAAGUGCCGAAUUGACAUUGAUGGAUAUUACAUAGAAAUCAUUUUAUGCUUAAUUUAUGGAAUCAUUUGGUACAAAUGGGGACGAUCUAAGAUAAAUCAAUUGCAAAGAUUGCCAGUUAAAGCCUGGCACGUAUUUAAUUCAAAAUCAAAGUCCAGCUAGCAAUUAGUUUGAAUAGCAAUUUAGAGCAUCAAAUGUUGAGGACUAAAAUACAUUUUUGUGUAGC